UGUCGAGAUAAAAUUAUCUCAAUUUUUUAGUUAACGUGACACUUUUGGUGUAAGCUACACUUACGUAAAAACAGAUUUGCCCUUAAAUAAAAUAAAAUGAAAGUGUUGAAGUUUCUUAAAUCAGUGAGAUACUCGUUAGCAGCGUUAAAUGGAUUAUUUUUGCUCACAGGUCUCCUUUUACUCACGGUUGGCGCGGUGGUCCUUGUGACAUACUUGGAGUACGAGUUGGUCAUAACGCAGAAGUUCUUCAGCCUGUCCGGGCUGGUUAUAGCCACAGGAGUUAUAAUUGUUUUCACCGUCAUCCUUGGCUUCUAUGGCGCGAUAUCGGAGCAGUUCUAUGUUAUCCUUGGGUACGUAGUGAUGCUGCUAAUAGUCCUUAUAUUCGAGAUAUCAGCGGCAGUGGUGAGCUUCAAACUGAAAAACAGCGCAUCUUCAGAGAUCAGGUCUACCAUGCAGGAAGCGCGGCAGCAAUACGAAACAAGACGGGAGAUCACUAUACUGUGGGACGACAUGCAAAUAGCUUUUGAAUGCUGCGGAGUGGUAGGCCGUAACGACUGGACCUCCAACAGGAUCCCCAUCAGCUGUUGCCAUAUAGACUAUGGGACUAUUUCACCCUUUUACUGCAACUUAACCAAUGCCUACACGACGGGUUGUGCAGAGUCCUUAGGCGAAUGGCUGAGUUACAACGCCAACGUCAUCGCUGUGACGUCACUCUUAGCAUUAUCAUUCACUGUGCUGAUAACAGCAGCAGCGGGUUGGUUAGCGUGGAGAUCGAAGUUCGAGGAAGUCGAAUUGGAAUCCUAAAUCAAGUUAUACUUUUAUAAUAAAAACUUACUAAAGUAA